AUGGCACUCAACAAGGAGUACACAUACGCGGAGCUGGAGAAGGAGCCGUACUGGCCGUUUGAGAAGCUGAGGAUCUCCAUCACUGGUGCUGGCGGGUUCAUUGCCUCCCACAUCGCGCGCCGCCUCAAGAGUGAGGGCCAUUACAUCAUCGCCUCUGACUGGAAGAAGAAUGAGCACAUGUCCGAGGACAUGUUCUGCCACGAGUUCCACCUCGUGGACCUGAGGGUGAUGGACAACUGCCUCAAGGUCACCACGGGGGUUGACCAUGUGUUCAACCUCGCGGCUGAUAUGGGUGGGAUGGGCUUCAUCCAGUCCAACCACUCUGUGAUCAUGUACAACAACACCAUGAUCAGCUUUAACAUGCUUGAGGCUGCUAGAAUUAACGGUGUCAAGAGGUUCUUUUAUGCAUCAAGUGCCUGCAUCUACCCUGAAUUUAAGCAGUUGGAAACUGUAGUUAGCUUAAAGGAGUCAGAUGCUUGGCCUGCUGAGCCUCAAGAUGCCUAUGGCUUGGAAAAACUUGCUACUGAGGAACUGUGCAAGCACUAUACAAAGGAUUUUGGCAUUGAGUGCCGGGUCGGUCGCUUUCACAACAUAUAUGGUCCCUUUGGAACAUGGAAAGGUGGAAGGGAGAAGGCGCCUGCUGCUUUCUGCAGGAAGGCUUUAACCUCCACUGGGCGCUUUGAGAUGUGGGGCGAUGGCCUGCAAACCAGAUCCUUCACAUUUAUUGAUGAAUGUGUUGAAGGUGUCCUUAGGUUAACAAAGUCUGAUUUCCGUGAGCCUGUAAACAUUGGAAGUGACGAAAUGGUCAGCAUGAACGAGAUGGCUGAAAUAGUCCUGAGCUUUGAGAACAAGCAGCUGCCCAUCCACCACAUUCCCGGGCCGGAGGGUGUGCGUGGGCGCAACUCAGACAACACACUCAUUAAGGAGAAGCUUGGCUGGGCUCCGACUAUGAGGCUGAAGGACGGGCUGAGGAUCACUUACUUCUGGAUCAAGGAGCAGCUUGAGAAGGAGAAGGCGGAGGGCAUGGAUCUGUCAGUCUACGGAUCAUCCAAGGUCGUGCAGACACAGGCCCCGGUUCAGCUCGGCUCCCUCCGCGCCGCAGAUGGCAAGGAGUGA